CGUAUGAUAAAGGAAGAGCUAAGCGAUAAACAUCUUUACUCGAUCUCAUAACAUGAACCUACAACGUUACGAGCUAUUUUCUGAGAAUUGAGCAGAAAAAAAAAAUUAUCAACUCCAUAACAAAAUUGGAAGGGAAUUUCACAGCCGCAGAUACAAACGGAAUGGUGAUCACAAAAUAUACACACAAGCUCAAUACAUAUUUAAAAUUAAACAUAAAUGAUUUAAUUGGCAACAGUGACUUUAGUGACUUUAACUGCUCCUCUCUGUCGCUCACACAUAUUUAUUUCUUGAAUUUAAAUACUAGCAAUAAGUGAUCAUUUGUCAGCAUUUAGUCGUGGUUUGUCAUUGAUUUGUGUAACACGUCAUUUUUGUAAGAUGUUUUUUAAAAUAAUCAUCUGUCUGUUAAUCACGUUUAAUUUUCAAUCUGUAAAAUGUAAACCGUGGUCAGAUCAAAUUAGUUAUAACAACUAUAAUAAUUCGAACCCAUUUGUGGGUAACCCGCACUAUAACAACAUGGACCAACAAUAUUAUCGGCAAGAGCCAACAACAACAUCAACAGUGAAACCGUUAUAUCCAACACUAUACACGACAUCUAUACCCCAAUAUCGUCCAAAUGGUGACAACGGCCAGGGUCAAGUGCCAGUGAAUCCGUUUGAUGGGCAGCCAUUCCAUCCGUUGCAACCAAACAUUGGAAAUCGUACUCAUCACAAUCGUAAUCAUAAUGACUACUCCAAUAAUAAUUUCGAUUAUCCGUUCGACAAUACUCGUACUCGAAUGACAACUUACCCGCCAUUCGAUGGAUCGACGAAGCGAAGCACAUUCCCAACGCGUCAAUUUAAUACUUUGCCCCCAAACAGGCCUUUCAUUAACUCAAAUCCAACACAACCGACGUAUCCAUACGGGCAGAACGACAGAAAUUACAACCAAUACCCAAACAAUCAGUACAAUUCUUCAACAUACUUUGGAAAUAAUCAUCAAAAUCGAAACAGAUACAAUAGCAAUAACAACAACACAGCUUAUCAAAAUCGUCCGUUUCCAAAUCUACAAUCAUAUGGAGCAAAUCAACCACAAUCAAAUAAUCACCCAAAUAAUGGCAACCACCAAAAUAUCUACAAUCCCACAGCUCCAUCUGCACCUCAAGUUCAACCAUUACCAAAUUCCCAAUCGUACGAUGGGAGAAAUCCAACUCAAUCAAGUAAUCAACCAAACAAUGGGAAUAUCAAUCAAAAUGGUUACAAUCCUUCGACACCGGAAAAUCGACCUUUUCCGAAUCCUCAAGUGCAUGAUGGAAGAAACCCAGCCCAGUCAAAUUAUCAUCCUUAUGAUGGAAAAUCUAAUCAAAAUAAUUUCAAUCCAUCAGCUCCACAGGCCUCCCAAAAUCGACCAUUUUCAGGCCCACAAACGUACGAUGGAAGAAAUCCAUCUCAGUCAAGUUAUCAGCCAAAUAACGGGAAUUCUAUGUAUCCAAACUCAUACAUGAAUCAAAUUAGCAUUGGGUCAGUAAUAAGUCAAGGCAAUCAGAUGUCUUCGGAACCAGAUUUUGACCCAAACGGUAUUGCGUUGGCACCAUUCCCUGGUGAUAUGUCAAACCCCAGUAAUGCGGGUGCACGUAAACAAUUCAACUACGAUAAUUUGCAUCACAGAUAUCCAUCGAAACCAAACGUUGAUAUUACAUUCAAUGGCAAUGAUGGUUCUAGAGUACCACUUGCAAACUAUGGCAGCUCCCAAGUCCCACUUGCACCACUUUAAAGUCGUAACGUUUAAGUAUAAUUAUUUAUAGAAAAAAGUAUAAUAAAACUAACUUGAUUUUCUAUUAUGACAAUUGA